CUAGUCCACUACGAAGUGAACAGGGAAGUAAUAUCACACUAGCCAAUCGAAAGUGAAAGGGAAUCGGGUGGAAAACAAACGUCGAGCUAAAAUCUCCCUCUUUUACAGAAGAAUAUAACUACAGCACAGUUAAAGACAUCGAGAGGAGUGUAAACACAGACAAGUCUCAUUUUUUAAAAAAAGGACAAAAUAAAGGUUUAACAGCUCAUACCUACUCUUAUAUGUGUGUACCAAAUAAUUUCUUAAUGUAAAAGAGCAGAAGAUGGCAGAACCUUCAUCACCACAACCAAGAAAAGGCAGAAGGAAAAGCCUGGACACACCAGGUUAUUUUUCUCAUGACUCCACCAGUCUCCUGUCUGAAGAGCAGCUGCUGUGUUCGAUCUGUCUGGAUGUGUUCACUGAUCCAGUCACCACCCCAUGUGGACACAACUUCUGUAAGAGCUGCCUUACACAGUGCUGGGAGAAGAGUCAACACUGUCAAUGUCCAUUAUGUAAAGAGAAAUUCACCAAGAGACCUGAACUGAAGAUUAAUACAACACUGAGAGAGGUUGCAGAUCACUUCAAGAAGAAAAGUGGUUCUGACAAACCUGAGGUUCUUUGUGAUGCCUGCACUGGAGAGAAGCUGAAGGCCCUGAAAUCCUGCCUGGAUUGUGGAGUGACUUUCUGUAAAACUCAUUUAGAGCCACAUAAUCAUGUUUCCAAGCUUAAGAAACACAAACUAAUAAACCCUGUUGAGAACCUGGAGGACUACAUAUGCCAGAAACAUGAGAGAGCUCUGGAGCUGUUCUGUAGAGAUGACCAGACGUGUGUGUGUCAGUUCUGCACUGAGACAGACCACAAAAAUCACAGCACUGUUCCUCUAGAGGAGGAGAGCAGAGAGAGGAAGACUCAGCUGGUGAAAACACAGACAGAUGUGCAACAGAUGAUUCAGGACCGAAUGAAGAAGAUAAAAGAGAUCAAACACUCAGUAGACCAAAGCAAAAGAAGCACAGAGAAAGAGAAAGCAGACAGUGUUGAAGUCUUCACUGCUCUGAUUCGCUCCAUUGAGAGAAGUCAGGCUGAGCUGCUCGAGGUGAUGGAGGAGAAGCAGAAAGCAGCAGAGAGGCAGGCUGAAGGAUUCAUUAAAGAGCUGGAGCAGGAAAUCACUGUGCUAAAGAGGAGAGACACUGAGCUGGAGCAGCUCUCACACAUUGAGGAGCAUCUCCACCUCCUACAGAUUUACUCCUCCAUGUGCAGCCCUCCACACACCAAGAACUGGACUGAGAUCAGUAUUAACACUGAUCUGAGUGUGGACACUGUGAGGACAGCUCUGUCUCAGCUUCAGCAGACUCUGAAGGAGAAACUCACUAAAACACUCAAUGACAAGUUAAAGGAAACAGUUUCCACAGAACUGAAGAGGAUUCAGCAGUAUGCAGUGGAUGUGACUCUGGAUCCUGAUACAGCUCAUCCCAAACUCAUCCUGUCUGCUGAUGGAAAACAAGUGACAUGUGGAGACAAACGAAAGAAUCUCCCUGAUACACCACAGAGGUUGACCAGAUAUGUAAAUGUUCUGGGAAAGCAGAGUUUCUCCUCAGGGAAAUUUUACUAUGAGGUGCAGGUCAGAGGGAAAACUAAAUGGACUGUUGGAGUGGCUACAGAGUCCAUUAACAGGAAGGGAGACAAUACACUGAUUCCUCAGAAUGGAUUCUGGACUGUGUGGCUGAGGAAUGAGAAUCAGUAUGAGGCUUGUGAUGAUCCCUCUGUCCCCCUCACACUGAGAGAGAAGGUGGAGGUGGUGGGGGUGUUUGUGGAUUAUGAGGAGGGACUAGUCUCCUUUUAUGAUGUGAAGUCCAGAUCUCAUAUCUACUCUUUCACUGGUCAGUCUUUCACUGAGAAACUCUAUCCAUACUUCUGUCCUUGUAAUAACAAUGGAGGUAAAAAUUCAGCACCACUGAUCAUCUCUCCUGUAUUUAUGACUGAAUGAAUUUCACCUCACAAAUUUAAUCAUCUAUUAAACAGUGAGAAUAAUGAAAUAUUUUCAUUUUUCAGGUUCCUUUUAGAAAUACAUAUUCCCUUUUAUAGUGCUAUAUGGAUUAUUUUAAUAUAGAGUCUUUUGAGGAGACAGGGUAGUGUAGUCAUUUUUUUUUAUUAUUAUUACAAAUCAAAUGUUAAUAGAAUUGUAUGAGUAUGAGCUUUACUGCAGAAUUUAAUCAGUAAAAAUGUUUGAACUGUACAAGAACUGUUUUCUGACUGCUGUGAAAAAUCCUCCUGAGGAGAUUAAACUGACUAGAGCAAGAUACAGAAUUAACCACCCGGAAAUAUACAUUUUAUUUUAUUUCUAUUUUAAAAAAGCCAGCUAGCUAUUCUUUUAUAAACAUUUCAAUAUUACCGUGGUUUUAUUUACUACAUUCUCCACACUGAAAUGAAAAUUAAAAUGUCAUUAUGUGAUAAACGGGUAAAUUCUGAGUGGGACAGUAAAUCACUGUAACUUUAAUCUGUUUGUAAUGAAGUGAUAUCGUGUUCAGUGAGACAUUAUUAAAGCAAACUUUCUCUUGGAGAAAACCUUAUUUCUACAUGUAUGAAGUCUGAAUGUUUCUACUCUUUUUGUUACGAUUUAUUUCUAUUUUAUCCACGGUUGCCAUGGUGAUUAAACUCCUAGUGCAGCAUGAAAUG